AUGUGGAAGUUUGCUCUCCCUACCGGAUUGGGUGCCGACCUCCCCCUCCGGCGAACUAGCCGGUAUCUAAGCUGUCAAUUCCGCAAUCCAUCGACUCUAUCCCAGCUCCGAACCACGCCCUUCUCUUUGCGCCAGUAUUCCAGUAAGACUGAAAGUUCUAGCGACUCCAAGGACGCCGCACCCAUAAAGCGAACCAUAAGAAACGACACACACCAACGCCUGUCGACUGCUACCGAGUUCAAACAGAAUUUGCCCUCCCAGGAUGGACCUCAACCCGGCGACGCAGACUUCGUUCCUCCAAGACUGGAUAGACCGAUUGGCAGCCCGCAAGCGCCCUCAGAAGGACAGAACACAGGUGUUGACACACGGUCAAUGCGCCAACGGCGCGACGACUUUACCAAUUAUGACCGGCACAUCAAGCGACGCAAGGAAUUGACAAAACAAGUGGCGAAACCAUAUUUCCGUGAAUGGUCUAAUCUCCGCUUUGCCGAGGGCAAGACCUUUGUCUCAAACCCGCGUCUCUUUAAAGCCGACAGAGCCCUAUACUUCCCUAACAUGCACGGCGUGACACUGGCAUCCCCGAAAGAUCCUCAAAAUACCACCACGCAGCUGCGCGGCAGCAUCUCCGUCGUGAACCUAUUCUCAAGUGUGUGGGCCGAAAGCCAGGUUGCGACGUUUACAGGACCGGAACAGAACCCCGGACUGGUGGAGGCGAUGGCUAGUGGUGGGAGACUAGUGCAGAGGAUUGAUAUCAAUCUCGAGGAGAACAGAUUGAAGGCGUUCCUGGUGAAGAGAUUCAUGUGGCGGAUGCGACAGAAAUUGGCUGCGGAGCAACAUUCGCGGUACUUCCUUGUACAAAAAGGGUUCGAUCAGGCCCUCAAGGAGACCGUGGGAAUGAUGAAUUCUAAAGUAGGCUAUGUCUACCUGGUUGAUUCGGAAUGUCGCAUCCGCUGGGCAGGCAGUGGGCCAGCUGAUGAGUCUGAGUUGGAGGGACUUAAUGCUGGUUUGCUGAAGCUUAUUGAAGAGAAGAAAGCUGCUCUUGAGGCGCAAGACCCAGCUCGAAGGUAUUGA